AUGGCUUCUACCAACUCCAAUGCUGGUGGUGUUGAAGGCAACAACUCCCAUGCUGAUCUGGAAGUUUGUGUGCAGAAGAUUGACUUGAACAACUUGGAUGAGGAAAUGGCUGAAAAGGAACCUGCUGAAAACUCCCCUGCUAAGGACCCUUCAGCUGCUGAAAAUUCCAAGGAGCAGGAAGGGGAGUCUCAGGAGGAUGACAUUGAGUUGGAAGGGGAAGAGGACAUUUUGCAUGCUGAAAUUGCUAAGCUGCAGGACCAUGCUGCUGAGCAGGAUACGCGCAUCCAGCAGCAGCAGUCACUCAUCACCAACCUCAAGAGGGAUCUCUCUGACCAGGACAACAAAAUCAAGUACCUGGAAGUUGAGCUCAAGAACAUGAAGCACGACGCCCGGGAGCACGUUCAUCAGCUGGCGAGGCAGACCUCAAAGAUCAACGAGCUGCGCGAGGCGUUCAGUGCCCUCCGAAGGGAGACCAUGUAUCGCCCUGCACCACGAGCGGAACCGCCUGCCAACUCUGCUAGCGGUCGCACCAACCCUUCUCGCUCUGGUGGUGCAGUGGGUGACCCUGGUCCUUCUACGCAGCGCGCUGCUGAGCCGAGCACGCAGGCUUUUGGCUCUCUGCCAAUCACCCUGCCGCCAUUCAUCCAUGGCAAGACGGACGUGGCUGCGUGGCUGUCGAUGAUGACCGACCUGUUCAAGGCGCACAAGGUCCAAGACGACGCUCGCGUCGUCGCUGCCACCACCGUGCUGGACCAGAAUGCACAGCGAGUGGUGUAUGGCAGCAAGAUCCAGGCUGAGGCGGAUAGGAAGCCGUUUGGAUGGGAGGAAUUCGCAUCUGCACUCAAGCAAGCCUUCCAGAAACCGGCAGAACGCAUGAGCGAGGGUGAGAAGAUCCAUCUGUUCUUCAGGGGGCUGCCUGAGCACCUCAAGAACAUGCAUAUGACGGAUGGGGCUGGGGAGGCAUGGAGGUCCUAUGAUCACGUGAAGCGCGUGGUGGGGACCACUGAUAAGCACUUCCGUGCUUAUGCCAAAACCACUACCCAGCCGCAGCAGGCCUCAAGGCCGUCUUCUAGCACUGCGGGUCCGAGUGGAAGGCAGCAGGGAACGCCUUGGAAGGGCGGGAACCACAAGAGGCCCUUCCAGCAGGGACAGCAGGCUGACCACAAGGCCAAGAAGGUCAAUGAGGGUGGACCAAGCAAUGUCCAGAGCUGCUUCAAGUGCGGCAAGCCUGGACACAAGGGUUAUGAGUGCCGCCACCGCAAGUCGGUGAAGUACUCUGGCAAGGCUAAGACGGACAACAAGCGCAAUGACGGCAGUGGUCCCUCAGGCACCCAGCGGGAUUUUGCAAAGCCCAACUAG